UUGUAAGCUUUCUCCCUUAUAUUCAUCAGAAUCAUUUCUCAACGCCAUAAGAAAAAGGCACUCUCUCUCUCUUCCCUCCUCUUCAUUUCUCCAUUAAUUCUUUUAUCUCUCAUGCGUUUCUCUAAGCACCAACUCUUCUAAAGAGAGAGAGAAAGAGAGAGAAUGGCAUCUGGGUUCUCCGGCGGUGGCGCAGAUUUCUACACCGGCAUCGCGGGUAGAUCCAUAACGAACAUGAAUUCCAACAACCCAUCACAACCUUCAUAUAGAACCCAACUCUCUCAAAUGUUUCUAGACCCUACCUCUCAGAUCGCUCAACACCGAACAUCCGCCACGAACGUAACAACCCAAAGCGUAAUCGGCAAGCGAACUCUCGCCGAUUUUCAAGCACAUCAACAGCAACAACUACAUCAGCCAAACCUACACCCAGCACUAAAUGGUCUCCUUCGGUCCGUGAAGCCCAGGAUGUACCAACAUACAUCCCCAAUCUCUACCCUCUCCCCCAUCGAAUUCUCGGCUAACAUUUCUCCAGAAUUACCAUCCUUGUCUCGGCGUUACGGUAUACCUCUUCUUCAACAGUUUAGGUCCCAGCCCAUCAGUCUUGGGUCCGGACCCACCAUUCACUCAGCGAACCACACCUCUUCUACUGUACCUUACAUGAACACGCUCCAAAGUGAAAACAGAGGAGGCGGAGGAGCAGUUAUUGGAGGACAAGAGUCCAAAAAAAAGAUGAUGAAUCGACUGCAAGAGCUGGAGAAGCAGCUUCUGGAUGACAACGAGGACGAGGAAGGCGAUGCAGUUUCGGUGAUUACUAGCACUAACAGCGAGUGGUCAGAAACUAUACAGAAUCUCAUCACCUCUUCAAGUCCCAACCCGAUAUCUUCUUCUCCUACUUCAUCGUCCUCAUCUUCAUCCUCUUCCUCAACAUCGGUGACCACUCCGGUCCACAAUUGCUCAAAACAAACACUUCUAGACGCUGCUUCCGCCAUUUACGAAGGCAAAAGCGAUGUUGCGAGUGAGAUCUUGAUGAGGGUAUCUCAGGUCUUGAACCCGAGAGGUAAUUCUGAACAUAGGUUGAUGGAGUACAUGUUGCUGGCACUCAAAUCGCGGGUUAACCCUGUUGAGAAUCCGCCGCCAGUGGCGGAGCUGUAUAGCAAGGAACAUAUUGGGUCGACCCAGUUACUGUAUGAACUCUCUCCUUGUUUCAAACUUGGGUUCAUGGCCGCUAAUCUCGCAAUUCUUGAGGCUACAGUAGACCAGCCCAACUCCAGCAGCGAGUUUCAUGUUAUUGAUUUCGACAUAGGGCAGGGAUGGCAAUACGUAAAUCUUCUGCACGCGCUACGUGAGCGUUUGAAUGGGAAGCCUUCCACUGUGAAGAUCACGGCUGUCGCUGAUAAUGUAGGGGAAGAGAAAGAGAGGUUGAAGGUGGUUGGUAGUACCCUGAGUCAACUCGCAGAACAGUUUGGGGUAUCAUUACGUUUCAACGUUGUGAGUUGUAAACUCGGUGAGUUGAGCCGCGACUCAUUGGGUUGCGAUCUUGAAGAGCCUUUGGCCGUUAAUUUUGCAUUCAACUUGUAUCGAAUGCCGGACGAGAGCGUUUCCACGGAGAAUCCUCGAGACGAACUUCUGCGGCGCGUGAAGGGUUUAGCGCCGUGCGUGGUGACGCUGGUGGAGCAAGAAAUGAACACAAAUACGGCUCCAUUCAUGGCGCGCGCGAACGAGGUCUUGUCGUACUAUGGGGCAUUGUUUGACUCUAUUGAGUCGACGGUGCAGAGGGAAAGCUCAGAGAGGGUGAAGGCCGAAGAAGGACUGGGUCGGAAACUUGCCAACUCGGUUGCAUGCGAAGGUAGGGACCGUGUGGAAAGAUGCGAAGUGUUUGGGAAAUGGCGGGCCCGAAUGGGAAUGGCCGGGUUCGAGUUGAAGCCACUGAGUCAAAACGUGACAGAGUCGAUGAAAGCUCGACUGAGUUCUGGGAAGCGGGUGAACCCGGGUUUCACUGUUAAAGAAGAGAAUGGUGGGGUUAGUUUCGGUUGGUUGGGCAAAACUCUCACCGUUGCAUCUGCUUGGCGUUAACUUCACUUUUUUUUUUUUUUGCGCUAAUAUUAUUAAUUGUUAUACUAGUAUUUUUAACUUUUUUUUUUUUUUUGUUUCCUGAGAAAAUGGAAAGGCAAACGAGGAAGACGAAAAAAAGAAAAAAAAAUAAUAAAAGGGAGUGAUUUCAUUUGGGGAAAA